AUGGCGGACCCUGAACUGUUUCAGGCUUCUACAUCGCAGCUUUCAUUUGAGAAAUUUAUUAACACAAUCAAUCAGGAUCAGGCGAAAGAUUUGGUCCGAAGUAUAAACCAAUUUAUGAAAAAGUUCAGAUCGCGUCCCCCUGUCAACGAAAUCGACUCCCGGGAAGUGCAAGAAUUUCUUACCUCGAUGGAGCAGUCUUUUGCUCGGCAUCCAUUGUGGGCCGGCAGCACACGCUCGGAGCUGGACAAUGCUGUUGAGGGCCUCGAAAAGUACCUUCUGACAAAGCUGUACGACAGAACGUUUGGGCUGGAUCCCUUGGACCGCGAGCGCGAUGCCGUACUGUCCCGGCGGCUGGCAGCGCUGGCUGGCUUCAUAACGCCGGCUCAUCUGGAGGUUUCGGAGCAACUUCAGGUUCCUCUGGCUACCGGGGAGGGGGGCCAUGUGGUGGCAGCUAGCAAGGAACUCAAAAAGAUGUCGCUUUACAAGAGCCCCCGGGACAAGCUCGUCCAGAUCCUCAACUGUUGUAAGAUCAUCAGCGACUUCAUCACCAGCAGGCGGGCAGGAGCGGGCGCCGAUGACUUCACGCCCACCCUGAUCUACGUGACGAUAAAGGCGCAACCGGAGGCCCUGGCCUCCAACUUGUCCUUCAUUGAGCGCUACCGCCACAGCACCCGGCUGAACGGGGAGGCGUCGUACUUCUUUGUGCAGAUGCAAGGUGCGGUGGCCUUCCUGGAGACCCUGAGCCCCACCUCUCUGGCCGGGUGUGAGCCGGACGAGUUCAUAUCCCACAUGUUGGCGGCCGGGGCCAUGAGCGAGCAGGAGCUCAGCGAGGAGCAGCAGCAACUUUCCGUACAGCACCCCAUGCAGCCAACGUACUACGCCGGUUAUCCGCCCGGGACAGUGUUGUAUAGCCAGCCGAUGCCGUACUAUGUGCAGUAUGGGACGACACCUGUGGGGAUGCCGUACAGUCAACCGUGGGUGGCGGCGCCAUCGCCUGGCGCCGCGGCCCCGCCGCCGCCGCCGCCGGGCCCCCCGCCGCCGCCCCUCACUCCGCCACCGCCGCCUACCACGGCUACCGUUGCCGCCGUAGCUGCGAUACCGGCCGUACAGCAGCAGCAGAAGCAAUUUAUUCCGCCACGGCCAAAAUCGGUUUCGGAGCUGGAACGCGACGGCAUCCGUUUGGUGAUUAAGGCGGAGGCGGCGGGAGAGUUACGGGCCAAGUAUCCGUACUUGUACUGCAUCAAAGAGUCGCUGACGCUGCACGACGUGUCCCAGCUGCUCGUGUCGUACAAGGAGCUGGUGCUGCGGUACGAGACGCUGGCGCAGGCGGUUGAGAACAAUGUCGUCAAGUACUUUACGGAACUGGAGGCGUUUCAAGCGGGGCUUCCGACGGAGCCGCUGGGUACGACAGCGGCGGCGGCAUGGUCGGCGGCUCCCCCGCCGCCACCGCCACCGCCGCCGCCGUCUCAACGGCUUCCGCCAGAGCCGGGUCAAGAUCUCACCUCACGGCGUUGUGGCAAUGCACCGCCACAGCCGCCACAGCCGCCGCAAUCCCACUAUCCGUCAUCAGUGCAAAUGGCUCCCCUGGUCCCCGCCGUACAGCCGCCGCCGCCGCCGCCGCCGGAGCCCGCCCGAACCCGCUCUGCAGCCGGUGCCCGCGGCCUGGCCCUGGACCUAUCGCAGUACAUGCCGUCGUACCAGUUGGAAACCGAGGGGUAUGCGUAUGAAGCGGAGGUGAUGGCGGCCGCGGAGGCAGCGGAAGCUGCCACUGCGGCUGCUGCAGUCGUUGCUUCUCCUACGGGCAUUUCCCAGCCGGCGGCGCCGGCGGCGUCCGCCACCGCCGCCCCUUUGAUCGACCUCUUAUCCGACUACACUCCGGCGCCUCCGACGGCGACGACGACGACGCAGUCCUCCCCCUCGCCGCUUUCGCCCGCGGAGUCUGUCCAGCACUAUCAUCAUCAGCACCAGCAAGCUGACCAAGAACUACAGCAGCAGCAGCAGCAGCAGCAGCAGCUUUCCCCGUCCAUCAGUUUUGGUGGAGAGGACGAAGGUGACGAUUACAAGAAGCUGACGCCACCAGGCUCCGUACGGAACACCUCUGUCGCGGAGCUGGGCGCUGCUACUGCCGCUGCAGCAGCCGAGACAGCUCCUUCGACACAAGGUGACGACGGCGUCCUUGCCGCCAUGUAUGAGGCAGCGGCUGUGCUUGCACCGUCAGCGGCGCCCAGCGCUGAGGCGAUGUACGGCAGUUGCGAAGCUUCCGCCGGCGGCGGCGACGCCGCUGCGUCCCUCCUGUCGGAUGGCGCACCCGCGUCAUUCUCUACAGACGGACAAGGUCCAACUGACAACGGUGGCGCCGCUGCGCCGUCGCUCUUUCUAGAGGCGACUCUGUCCCCGCCACAGCCACCGCCACCGCCGCCGCUGGAGCCACUAACGCUGCCGUCAGCAUUGGCGCUGGUGUCGCCAGCGUACAGCCCCACACAUCAGGAAGAGGCGAUGCCCACCGACGCCGCUGCUGCUGGCGGCGCCGGCGAGGGCCCCGCUGCCGUUGCAUCGUCGCUGGCGGCGACGGCGGUGGCGACGGCGGCGGCUGCGGCGCCAGAGGACUUCAGUUUGUGUUUACUGCCUGACGCCCCGGGGGAGUUGCGGGACGACGAUGCGGGCGCAGGGGCCUCUCUGCCGUCGUUCUCGCUUGGCGACCACUUGGCGACCAUCAGCCCGGCGGCGGAGUUGGACACGUCAUCAUCGCCGUCAACGGCGGCGACGGCGGACCCCGCAGCUGCGCUCGUCUCAGUGGCGCCGGAGCUGGUG